CGGGGGGUAAGAUGGCGGCGGCGGCGGCGGGGACAGCGGCGGACGCUCAGGCCCGGUACGGGCAGUCGGUGAAGGGUUUACUGUCGGAGAAGGUCUCCACCUGCACCACGGAUGUUAUCGCUCUCACCAAACAGAUCCUGAAGGGGUCCCGCAGCUCAGAGCUCCUUGGUCAAGCAGCUAGAAACAUGGUGAUGCAGGAGGAUUCGAUACUACACUCUGAGGAUAGCCUGCGUAAAAUGGCAAUUAUUACAACACAUCUACAGUACCAGCAGGAAGCUAUACAGAAAAAUGUUGAACUUUCUACAAAUCUUCAAGACCAGCUGAAGCAUCUGUUGAAAUGAGAUGAAAGAUGGCGUGAAGGUGAAUAAGAGGAGCUGAAGCCCUGCAGGUGGUGAAGUAUGAAGGGGCGGAGGGAAGGAAACUGUGAGAGCUACAAUCCACCAAGAACCAUGUUCUUAAGCAAACCAUUCAGCUUUUAUGUGCAAUGUUUAGAACCUUUUCCAGGUGCUCCUUUGACUUAGUGGUGAUGAAAAACACAGUGGCUUCUGCUCAGGUCAGAUACAUAGUGUGCCUGUUGAGUAUGAACAAGUUGGCUUUGUAUGUGUAUAGAUUAUUAACAACAAGAUUGGCUACAGUCCUUUACAUGAUAGUUCAGGGGAGGGGGAUCAGAUAAUGGGGAAUUCUAUAUCUUGUGCAGAGUCUGAAAGUGCUGACUUUGCAGUGCAACUUUUAUAGUCAUUAUGUAUGCAGUACUGAUAUGAAUUUCUAAGUCAUUAAUACUUGAAUGCGCAGUUAAAGGUAGAGAAUUGAUAUGUUUGAGGAGAAGAAUCCAGACAAUAAUACUGCUGUACCUAAUAUUUGAUGUUUCUUACAAGGUUGAUACUGUAAUGUCAGUGCACUGAUACAUUAAAAUGUAUUCGUGAACAGUGAUAGAAUUGAGUGCUUUGCAUAUGUUCUAAUUGCUUCCUGGGUUAAACAUCAAUGGUGCGCUGUCAAUAUUCUUAGCUAAAUUACCAUUGGAAAAAUAAGGAGUGAUAAGGGCGUUUGUCAGUGAUUUAUAGGCAUUUUAAAGUGUAUUUCAUAUCGAAUUGAACAACUCCAUAAACAUUGGCAAAACAGGCUUUCAGAGCCCUCAGAUUAAUAUUGUAUAAGGUUCACUGCUAAGUUAUAUUUGUCAGUGGAAGUGGCAUUAACAUUUUGUUACAUUGUCCAAUGUAGGAGAGAUCCCAGCUCUUUAAGAAUUAUUGACAGCUUGUCUUUGUGGUGACUGCUGCCUUAAUCUUUCCUUUUCCAAUGUUGUUUGGGUCCAUGCUUCCCCUGUGUAUAUGCAAACUGCCUCAUUCUGCACACUAGUAUCCAGGAAUGUGACAAUGUAAUAAGUACCAAGUUAACAUGCAGGCUUAAUAUACUGUAGCAGAACCCUCUGUAUAAUAUGUGUAAUCAUGCAUUGUGAUGUUAAAAUGUAUAUCUGAUUUUUUUUUUACUUGUUACAAAACUGAAUUUAAUAACUCAAGCUGAAUUAUUAAAGCACACAUGCAAUGUGUUAUUUCUUGUUC